UAAGUAAAACUGAAGAUAAUGCAUUGCCAUUUGAUACUGAUAACAAAACAGGAUUCGAGAAUGGGAGAUUUCAAAAUAAUUUUGAUAUGUACGGAACUCUUAAAUUUGAUAAGAAUAAAAGUGUUGCUUUUGAGCCAGACGAGUCAUUAGUUCCUGAAAAAUCGAAUAAACAGAAUAAUCUCAAUAAAGAUAUCACCGAUAUAUUAGAAGAACUUGCAAAAAAAGAAGAGGCGGUCGGUGAUUUUUAUAGAGAACGUGCAUAUCGUGCCGCAAUUAAAUCUGUUGAAGCGUAUCCAAAGAAAAUAGAAUCUGGAAAAGAGGCUCGUAAACUUAAAUUUAUUGGACCAAGUAUUGAAGCGAAGAUUAAUGAAAUAUUGGAGAUGGGUACAUGUUCUUAUAAAUCAGGAUAUCCCGAUAGUGUUGAAAGACAAAUAUUUAAUGUGAUGAUAAAGAUACCACGAAUCGGAAGGGCUAAUGCGAUAAAAUUUAUGAUGAAGGGUUACAAAACCGUGGAAGAAUUAAUAGAUGACCCAGAUUUGCAACCAGACCAAAAAUAUAUGAUUGAGUAUAGAAAGGAAUUGGAUAAGAAAAUUCCAAGAUGGGAAAUGAAAUUAAUCCAUAAAUAUAUUUAUCUAACUCUGAAACAAUUAGAUGAUCGUUAUCUCGCUGAAACAUGUGGUAGUUUUCGUCGAGGUGCAGAAUUUUCUGAAUCGUUAAAUAUUGUUAUUUCACAUCCUGAUUUAAAAGAUGAUAACGCUACUGAAAAUAAUGAUAAUUUUUUGAAGAAAUUGAUUUAUGAUUUAACGAACCAAGGGUUCUGUACUGAUUCCUUUCUCAUGGAACCUUACAAAUAUUUAGCAAUUUGUCGAAUCCCUCCACUAAAUCCAAAAGCAAGACCAUAUUUGCGUCGUAAAAUUGAAAUGAGAGCCGUAUCAUAUGAAAGGUAUUGGCUUACAAUUUUAGCGAAAACAGGAGAUCAAACAUUUUAUAAAUCAUUACAAAAAAGAGCACACGAAAGAGGAUUUAAAUUAAGUGAUACUAUAUUAGCUCCAAUAGAACAAAAUAAUGUAGUUGGAAAACCAUUAAAAGUUAAUAGUGAAGAUGACAUCUUUAGAAUAUUGAAUACAAAAUAUUUAGCACCAAAAGAUCGAGACUGGAGGAACCCAUAA